GUGUGCUAAGUUUGGUUUUAUAUACACCGUACUCUUCUUCUUCUUUUCUUCUUCUUCUCUUCCCACUUAUAAAUACACAACAAAUGAACAUAAUGCAAACCAUUUUAAUCUUCCUUUAUUAAAAACCAAACCUUUACUUUUCUUCCUCUGUUUAUUCAAAAAACACCAAGUAUUAUAAGCCCUUAGGUGCAUAUUAUUUUUCAUAAAAAUUUCAAGAAUGAAUAUAUCAGGUUCUGAAUGUAGCAGUGGGUGUGAAUCUGGAUGGACAAUGUACUUAGAUCAACUCUCAAAUUCUAGAGAUCAAUACAACAGAAGAGAUAAUACUAAUCAUAGCAUAUAUAAAACAGAGUAUGUUGAUGAAGAAAAUCAAGAAGAUGAAGAUAUGUCUAUGGUUUCUGAUGCUUCUUCUGGUCCACCACAUUUUCAUGAACAAUAUUGCUUUGAUGAAAAUGGAUAUAUUUUCUAUCCAUCAGCUUCUGAAAACACAAAGGCCAAAGAGAAGAAGAAAAUAAAAGAGCAAAAGGGGAAAAAUCAGAAUCUUUAUCUUGAUGACACUGCCAGUUCUCCAUUCUCUAACUUCCCCAAGGAUGACAGAUGUUAUAAUGAUAGAACUUCCAUGGAGAUGGUAACUGGCUUCUCUGAAACGCAUUCAAAGGGUAAAUCUGUUUCAGGGAAGCACUUUGGAUUCUUGAAAACAUCUGUCAGUGGAAGAACUUCAUCAGAAAAAUCUAGUGGAUUGAAGGGAAGGAAGAGGCAAUAAGAAUUGGCAAAAGAGUAUAUGUUGUGUGUGUCUGCAGCUGCAGUUGAAGAGAGAGUAAAGAAGAUUGAUGUUUGAGGGGUGAAUAGGGGGCAUGAAAAAGGGAAAAAAGGGGCUUUAGAUUUCUGAGGAUCUUGUUUUCAUCCUCUUUUCUUUUUAAAUUAUUUUUAAUCUUCUUCCUAGUUACUAUUAUUCCUGUCUAUGUAGUGGGAAACAACAGAAAAAUAUAAAUGUCAAAAAAAGAAGAAUGGAGAAAACUGUCUGUAUCUUAUUAUCUCUCUCCUACACCAGAAAAAAAAAAACAUAAGUCAGGAGAAAAAAUAAUAAUAACAAUAAUAUUAAGUCCA